CCUGUCCCGCGGCCGGGCCGGGCCGGAGCGGCGACGCCUGGAUGCGGACCCGGCCGCGGGGAGACGGGCGCCGGCCCCGACGCGACUUUCGGUCCCCGACGCGCCCUACCCGACCCUUAAGAUGAAGAGGGCGUCCGCUGGAGGGAGCUGGCUGCUGGCCUGGGUGCUGUGGCUGCAGGCGUGGCAGGUGGCAGCGCCGUGCCCAGGCGCCUGUGUGUGCUACAACGAGCCCAAGGUGACAACAAGCUGCCCACAGCAGGGCCUGCAGGCCGUGCCCACUGACAUCCCGGCCGCCAGCCAGCGUGUCUUCCUGCAUGGUAACCGCAUUGCGCACGUGCCGGCCGCCAGCUUCCGCGCCUGCCACAACCUCACCAUCCUGUGGCUGCACUCGAACACGCUGGCCCACAUCGACGCUGCCGCCUUUGCUGGCCUGGCCCUCCUGGAGCAGCUGGACCUCAGUGACAAUUCGCAGCUGCGCACUGUGGACCCCGCCACGUUCCAUGGCCUGGGCCGCCUGCACACGCUGCACCUGGACCGCUGUGGCCUGCAGGAGCUGGGCCCCGGCCUGUUCCGUGGCCUGGUCGCCCUGCAGUACCUCUACCUGCAGGACAACAGGCUACAGGCGCUACCCGACGACACCUUCCGAGACCUGGGCAACCUCACACACCUCUUCCUGCACGGCAACCGCAUCCCCAGUGUGCCCGAGCGCGCCUUCUGUGGCCUGCACAGCCUCGACCGCCUCUUGCUGCACCAGAACCGCGUGGCCCGCGUGCACCCUCACGCCUUCCGCGACCUGGGCCGCCUCAUGACGCUCUACCUGUUUGCCAACAACCUCUCGGUGCUGCCCGCAGAGGCCCUGGCGCCCCUCCGUGCCCUGCAGUACCUGCGGCUCAACGACAACCCCUGGGUGUGCGACUGCCGGGCGCGCCCGCUCUGGGCCUGGCUGCAGCAGUUCCGAGGCUCUUCGUCCGAACUGCCCUGCAGCCUGCCCCUACACCUGGCCGGCCGUGACCUCAAGCGCUUGGCCCCCACCGAGCUGGAGGGGUGCACCGUGGCCAGCAGGCCCUCCCAUCCCGUCUGGAGCAGCGGGCCUGCGGACGAGGAACCCCUGGGACUGCCCAAGUGCUGCCAGCCAGACGCCACGGACAAGGCUUCGGUGCUGGAGGCCGGGAGUCCAGCCUCGGCCGGCAAUGCACUCAAGGGACGUGUACCGUCCGGCGACAGCAUGCCCAGCAAUGGCUCCGGCCCGCGGCACAUCAACGACUCCCCCUUCGGGACCCUGCCUGGCUCGGCCAAGCCCCCACUGACAGCGCUGCGGCCUGAGGACUCUGAGCCUCCCGGGCCACCCCCCACAGGCCCUCGCCGGAGACCAGGCUGCUCGCGUAAGAACCGCACGCGCAGUCAGUGCCGUCUGGGCCAGGCGGGCAGUGGGGGCGGCGGGGCCGGCGACGUGGAGGGCUCAGGCGCCCUGUCCAGCCUCGCCUGCAGCCUUGCACCCCUGGGCCUCGCACUGGUGCUCUGGACAGUGUUUGGGCCCUGCUGACUGGCCCCCAAUUGCGAGGCCUCUCUCAGUAGCCAGGUGUAUGUACAUAUGGGGUCCCCUCCAUGCCGCCAGCCAGCACCGGG